AGAGAAGAAAGGGUCACAUGAUCUCCACUGGGGAUGCAGAGUUCCCGUGUGAGUACCACACCCUGGGCCACGGCGGCACGCGCCGUUUCCCUCACAACAACAACAACAACGGCGGGCUGGCGCCAACUUCUGGGGGCCGCCAACGCCACAACGCCAUCGCUGCCAAGAGUCUGGAGGCCCUUACGAACCUUCACAAGGCUGACAUAAAGCMCCAGCACGAAGCCUUUAUGGACCUCCAGAAAAAUCAGAAGUACCCGGCCAGCCCCUGUAUGUCUCAGGGCCAGAGAUCACCUAACUUUGGCCGCCAACAGCAGGCCCGUACCCCCCGUGUGAUCCGACGCAACCCCGACCAGCCGGCUCUAGCCGACCAGGCCAGCAGGGUGUCCUUUGCCUCGGCUGAGAGUCUGGAAACCAUGUCUGAGGCCGACGUUCCCCUCGGGUUCAACCGCAUGAACCGCCUCCGCCAGAGCCUGCCCCUGGCGCGCUCAUCCAGCCAGGCCAAGCUCCACGCGCCAGGUCAGAACAUAAUGGUCAUGCCAUCUCUCCUCCAGCUGGGCGAGGAGACGAGGCGGGUGCACCUGACCCACGAGCUGACCAGCCUGGAGACCCUGAGAGCCCUCAUUGUCCACAUGUUUCCCCAGAGGCUCACCAUGGCAAUGCUAAGAAUGCCCAUGUUCAGGUGCCCCAGCACGGCCCUGCUGAUUAAGGACGAGGCCCGUAACGUAUUCUAUGAGCUGGAGGACCCACGAGACGUCCAGGACCGCUGUGUCAUCAAGAUCUACUGUAAGGAGCCUGUCUACGGCACCUACCCCGGACACCACAACCCACACCUGGCCAACGGAGACCUCCGGAGGGAGAUGGUGUACACGCCCCAGCAGGAUUCUCCGUCCAACCGUCGCCUCAGCAAUGCCCCCGCCUCCUCCUCCGCAUCGACACCCUCCAGCUCCCCGUCCCGCGUCCGUCUCCUCUACAGUGGCGGUGGCCGUCCAUCCUCCUAUGCCGGGCAACCUCACCUCCAGCAUCACCCCCACACCCACUCCCUCCCCCACCCCCACCACCUCUCGCCCGGGGGUUUCUCCCCCAGUGCCAUCCUGGAGCGGAGGGACGUGAAGCCCGAUGAGGAGGUCCACGGUAGUGGCUCCAGAAGCAUGGUGCUCCUGCGGGGCGAUGGAGGGGGAAUCUAUGCCGACCCCUAUUCCCUGGGCCAGGAAGGGGGUCGGCUUAGUCUGGCUGGCCCCCACUCCCCCCUACCCCCGAGGGGGGAUCCCUAUGGCUCUCUCUACCGGCGAGGAGGAGGUGGUGGUGGAGGUUUGGGACCCGGCUCCGUGCGCUCCCUCACUUCCUACUCGGCGGCGGCUCUGCAGGGAGAGCUGAUGGACAGCGGCAUCCUAUACAGGCCUGGAGGCCCGCUGUAUAAUGAUGCUGCCUACGCCGCAUCCAUGUUGGCCAUGGGUUUCCGGGUGCCACCCCCCUCGUCCCCGCAGAAGAUCCCUGACAUGAGGGACUCGUAUUCYGGCACCAUGCCCGGCCGGGGCUCCCCUGGGAGGCAGACCCUGCGGAGGGACUCGGUGUCCUCCUCCGUGUUUGGGGAAAGUGCCAAAGCUAGGGGUCAGGGGUCAGGGUUGGGGUCUGAUCAGCUGUGCUUAAUGGCUGGACCUGGAGGGGAGGGCGGUGGUUUCAGUUCAGCACCAGGUUUCAGUUCACCUCUACCAGGCAAUGAGACAGAGACCAGGGGGCGCAUGGAGGCCAUGGAGAAACAGAUAGCCAGUCUGACUGGUCUACUGCAGACUGUUCUGACCAGGGGACCAGAGGCCGAGAGCCCGUGGGGCUCGGGGAUCCAGUCCGAGAUGUCGUGGUUCGCCCUCGCUAAGGGAGAUGGUGUACACGCCCCAGCAGGAUUCUCCGUCCAACCGUCGCCUCAGCAAUGCCCCCGCCUCCUCCUCCGCAUCGACACCUCCAGCUCCCCGUCCCGCGUCCGUCUCCUCUACAGUGGCGGUGGCCGUCCAUCCUCCUAUGCCGGGCAACCUCACCUCCAGCAUCACCCCCACACCCACUCCUCCCCACCCCCACCACCUCUCGCCCGGGGGCCAGAUUGCGGCCCACCACCACCGCAGCAGCAUCACCCCCAGCAGCUCCACCCCAGCAGCUCCAUCCCCAGCACCACCAUCUCCACACCAUGCCAGGCUAGCUUUCUCCCCAGUGCCAUCCUGGAGCGGAGGGACGUGAAGCCCGAUGAGGAGGUCCACGGUAGUGGCUCCAGAAGCAUGGUGCUCCUGCGGGGCGAUGGAGGGGGAAUCUAUGCCGACCCCUAUUCCCUGGGCCAGGAAGGGGGUCGGCUUAGUCUGGCUGGCCCCCACUCCCCCCUACCCCCGAGGGGGAUCCCUAUGGCUCUCUCUACCGGCGAGGAGGAGGUGGUGGUGGAGGGGCGCAUGGAGGUCAUGGAGAAACAGAUAGCCAGUCUGACUGGUCUACUGCAGACUGUUCUGACCAGGGGACCAGAGGCAGAUAGCCGUCUCGCACCCGCCGCCGCACAUCAGACACGCUCACAGCUCCUUCGCGAUCCCAUCCCGCUCACUCCGCCUCUCCGUCUGAACCUCCCAUUGCACCCCCACCUCGUCCAGUGCUCCUCGCCGCUAUCCCACUUCCCGCCUCCCAUCCCAUUGAACCUCCCUCCACGCCGCCCCCCACAUCCUCAGCGCUCUCCCCCCCGUGACGACCGCAUCGAGAUGACCCACGAGUUGCAGGAUCACCUGCAUGGCCUGCAGCAGAACACCAGCGAGCUGCGCAAACAACUGUCCAGCUGCGCAGACAUCCAGGGACAAAUUCCUUCCCUUACAGUUGAUGUCUCUCGUGUGAUGCACUUUGAGUCUUCUCUGACGCCAUCGGCUCCGUUGGCCCUGAUGCCGCCACCGCCCACAGGGUCCGCCCAGUCACUGACGGUGUCGCGGCUGCAGAUGCAGAACCACCUGCAUGGCCUGCAGCAGAACACCAGCAAGCUGCGCAUACAGCUGUCCCAACUGCGCGACAUCCAGUUGGAGAACCAGGACUCGGUGCAGUCCCUGCUGAGGCAGACAGAGUCGGAGCUGAGCCUGAUGAUGCUGGAUGCCAUGCGGACCCAGGAGGACCCUCUGCAGAGGCAGCGUCUCUUAGUGGAGGAGGAGAGACUCAAGUACCUCAACCAGGAAGAGCUGCUCAUCCAGCAGCUGCAUGAUCUGGAGAAGUCAGUGGAGGAACUCCAGAGGAACUCMUCAGUCAACCAUGGCCUGGUGACAGAGCAGGAUGUGGAGCAGAAGAGCAUGGAGCUCAGGUCUUUGGGAGAGACCCUCACAGAGCUCAAGAACCAGUUCCCCAGUCUGCAGAGUAAGAUGCGGGUGGUGUUGAGGGUAGAGGUGGAGGCUGUCAAGUUUCUGAAGGAGGAACCACACAGACUGGACACACUGCUGAAACGCUGUAACACUAUGACCGAUACACUGACCACACUACGAAGUGUAUUGUAUACCACCUGUACGUACAGAAAAGUGACCGAGGGCCUGUGGAAGGGCCAGGACGACAUCUGCAGCCAGUCAGCCAAGCGAACUGAAGACACAGGAAAGAACUCGGAUCUCGACAUCCUGACCAGUCCACCGCUCAGCCUCAAUGACCUGGGUGGCAGUGCCAGCCUUGCCAACUGGAUGCCCAUAUCAAGCAGUGACCCGGACACCUCGGGACCUGAGCAGGAUCUCCACCCUACAGCCAGCUACAGAAGCCGGGUCCUGGAUGAACUGCCGAGCCGCCGCGGUGCUGACAAAUCAGUGUCCGUGGAGGUCAGACUGGCUGCAGAGCGAGACUGGGAGGAGAAGCGGGCCAGUCUGACCCAGUUCAGUGCCCAGGACAUCAACCGUCUGCUGGAGGAGACGCAAGCUGAGCUGAUGAAGGCCAUCCCAGACCUGGACUUCGCUGCCAGGCAGAUCAACAAGCCCGUGGUGCCCCCCAAACCCCACCCCAAGCCUCAGUUUACCACCCCUGUCACUACCUCUACCAAUGCCUUCACCACCUCUAGUAUCCUCACUACUACCAGUACUGAGCACCAGCCCAACAAGGUCCAGAUCACUGCCCUGAAGCUGGAAGGGGGAUCACGUCGCGGAUCUGCGGAGAUGACCGUAACCAGGUAUCGCACUGAGAAACCCUCUAAGUCGCCGCCUCCACCCCCUCCUCGCCGCAGCUUCCCAUCAGCCCAUGGGCUCACCACCAAUCGCACUGGAGAAGUGACCGUCACCACCAAGAAGCUGGAGCCAGAAGACGGAGAGGCCCCGAAGACUCUGGUCAAGCUGAGAAGGACACCGUCUGACACCCCUCGCCCCGCCUCCACUCCCCCCGUCAUCGCCGCCUCAGCGAUUAAAGAUGAAGACCACGACGAGCGGAUCAAUGCUGAACUAGAGAAUGCCAGCAACUCACCAGGGGCGUCCAAGGGACCUCAGUCGACUGUAGCGGCCAGACUGAAGCACCUCCAGCAGGGCAGCCUGGAGAGGCCCAAGACCAGGAAGCAGAGAGAGGACUUCCCCAAGAUCCAGGGCCAACAGCAGGUAUUCCACUUCUAGAUGGCCCCUCCUCAGAGGAGUUUUCCUCCUCAGAACAGCUCUGGUGGCCUUCUGUGACAUUGACAACUACCCCCUCUCACAGCUGUCUGGGGCAACUACUGGGCUAUUUCAAGACUAUACUGGGAUACAAUAUGUUAUUAGUGGACACUAUAAGGUGACGAAAAAAGGGGUGGGCUCAUCUGAAAUGUUUUGACUUUGAGCUGUGCCAAGUGGUUGGAUUCUAAGUGGAUUGUGUACAGAGUGUGCUCUUUCCCUUUGGCUGACAUUGAUGUUUUUGAGGAGACUAAGGUGGUGGGGAUGUUGUACCCUAAAUGAGCUGAGUGACACCUUAAACUGUACUCCUUGACAAUGCCACGGAAUAGUUUUACAUCUCAAUGUUGAACAGUGUUAAUUUUCUCAGCUAUUUUAGAUGUAGUUUUCAUCUUACUUAGUCUUUUGACUAAAAUACCUUUUAGUCUUAGUCCCAUUUUAGUUAUUUCAUCCUUCGUAGUUUUAGUUAUUAACAGUCGACAAAAACUCUGGAAAUGUUUUGUCUAGUUUCAGUCACUGUCAUUUUAGUCACAUUUUAAUCUGUGCUUUUUUUUUCUCCAUUAAAUCAUUAAUAUUUACCUCCAACAUUCAUGUCCACAUUAAGAUAGCCUUGUCCAACUAGGCCUACUAUCCCCUCAUAUUGCUGGCAACAUUGCUAUUGUGGCAGAUUGUAACCAAGCCAUGGUUUACCAUAUAGGCCUUGGCUUCAGGUCAAACAAUUUAGACCUACAACUCUAAUUUUCUCCCCGUCAUAAUGUUGUGAUGGGGAAACAACAGUGAUUCUCUUAAAACAGGAAUCUGAUCUUUCCGACAACGCCAGAAUUAUUACUGUACUCCUAAUAUUCAGAWAAUAGCAUUAGUAGUUCCAGUUGGGGAAAAGCAACGGCAUUUGCCGAUCGCCAGAGCGGCGACAUAGAUGAAUAACAGAUCACAUGGUACUAGAGCUUCUGAUGUGAUCAAAGCAAACGUAUCCUAUAUGAAAGUAAGAGAGAGUGAACAUUAUUGGUGCAGUUGAAGUGUUCUGGCUAUGCAUCAGUUCAAUAGAAAGACGCGUGACUGAAGUGACCGCCGGGUAGCUGUGUGGGAGAGCAGGGCGGAUCAACUCAAUCAGCCAGCAAAACUGAAAGAUCAAUGAGAGGAUUGCAUUCAAUUAUGCAAAGACAAGCAUGCUUAUUAUUGGACAAAGCAGAUUAAAGGGAGGUCAAAAGAAGCCUUKAUGUCAAAUCGAAAGUCCAUUAGUCUGAUGUGGAAUGCUCAUCUCGUUACAUUAUCUUCAACGAAAAUGAAAAGUAAUUUGUGACGGUUAUCUGGGUUUUUCCAGGACGUAUCCUUUCGUUAUCGUCAUUGGCUUUUUGUCCGGAAAAAUAGGUUGUUGACUAACAUUUUUUGUCAUAGUUAUUUAUUGCUGAUGAAGUUAACCCUGACGUCGAACCCCUGACUUUUCUCCGAYCACAUUAUGAUCCUACAGUACCACUGUUCUCUAGCGCUGCUUCCUUUCCUCAAAUCACUGAAUCAUUCUGUCUCCAGCUGAGUCAUUUAAAACCACAGUCCAAAAGCGAGAGGUGAAAAAGGAGGAGGUGAAAAAGUUUUUAUUGUCAGAAUAUUUGCCCUUGUUUCUCAGUGGAGAUGAGAAUGUGGAAAAGGUAGGAUAAGAAAAGAAAGAAAGACAGAGAGAAAGACGAAUGGAAAGAGAAAGACAGACAGAACGAAGAAGCAAAGUCGAGCACACCACCAAUGGUUCUCUGGAGCAAAUAAGACUGAAGCCCUCCUUUCUGAAGCCCCAGUCCUAUCUGGUUCAGCAGGCACUCCAACCCAGUAGGCUAAGCUGAGUGGCCCUGUCCCACCUCAGCCCACACUGUCCCUCUCAAAGGACCUUCUGGCAGCUCUCAAAGUCAGGUAGAGAUAACACAGCCAGCCACUUCGUCCCAGCCUGCACCCGUCCUGAGCCAGUCACCCCAAUCCUCUCAUUACCCUAACGGUGAUAAUCCACACUCCAUUAGCUAACUCCAAGAUAGAGGCCACUUCAUUAACUCUAAGAAACAGGGCCCUUCAUUUGGUGCUCUUUAGGCCUUAGGGGGUCUAUUCACAGGUUAUUGAAGUUCAAAAGGCUGACUUUCAGAGUGAAAAACACCCACAUUUUGCCAUGGUUCAACUGGGCUGGAUUGAUGCACCUGUACAUGCAUCUUUGAUCAGAUCUUGAAGGUGUUUACCUUAUGUGGGGAAAAUGCAUCUCAUCCACCACCAAAGCUGUAACCGCAUCCAUUUUGGUGAAGCACAAUGUUUUCACCAGAGCACAAACCAUACCUCACUCUUUGGGAUGAAGGCGAAAGGAGUCAGAAAACAUUUGGUUAUCAUACAAGUACAGAAGAUAACAUCCCAGAGAGGUCAGUGCUCUUCACAACAAGGCCCAUUAGCGAAUAGAGUAGUUAGCACACAGCUAACAGGGGUGACCACAUUUAAAAUACCCAAAUGUGGGACAACAAGACUAUUUUGUGGGACAUUUGCGGGACAGUGUAGCCCCACCCUCCCCCCACAGAAAUCCCCUUCCCGCUCAUGGUGUAGUUCACAUUUUUUAUAAAUAUUGUCACAAGAAUAUUUGAUAUUUUUAAAACCCUCAAACACUAAGUUAGGCAUACCUAAUUUAGACAUGCCUAAUUUCAUAAUAGGCCAUGGCAUCAUCACUGUCAAUCAUGAAUGAUAAUUCUUCACGUUUUACUAGUGAAAUGUCCAAACUGUGUCUGCAUGCCAAUCAUUUGAUCUCAAUCAGCUUCAUGGGAAUAUGCAUUUCGAUCUUCUUGAAUGACUGUUUCGUGAGCAAAUUAGAGCAGAUGGUGUUAACAAAGUAUAUAGACUUCCUGUAUUUUGUUUCAAUCAAAGCACGCCUAGUGGCGAUCGCUAUUGAGUUUUGGCCGCAUGAUAACAUUUGUUUUGCUAUUUAGCUAACCAUCCUAAAAUCUCAUAAGAAAUGAGGUGGUGUUUUUGGUGUAACAGUAACGUUAUACUUAAGUCAU